GUCUUCCAGAACAGUAUUACAGCCUGACAUGGUUCCUGAGCCCCAUCCUGGGCCUGAUCUUCACACCUCUGAUUGGCUCAGCCAGCGAUCGCUGCACCCUGAAAUGGGGCCGGCGACGCCCUUUCAUCCUGGCCCUGUGUGUGGGCGUGCUGUUCGGAGUGGCACUCUUCCUCAACGGGUCACUCAUAGGUCUUGCCGUCGGCGACGUGCCAAAUAACCAGCCCAUAGGGAUCGUUCUGACGGUGCUCGGAGUGGUGGUGCUGGACUUCAGUGCAGACGCAACAGAGGGUCCCAUAAGGGCCUACCUACUAGAUGUGGCAGACACUGAAGAACAAGACAUGGCCCUCAACAUCCACGCCUUCUCCUCUGGUUGUGGGGGAGCGGUGGGCUACGCGCUGGGCGGUCUGGACUGGACCCACACCUUCCUGGGCUCAAUCUUCAAGUCCCAGGAGCAGAUCCUCUUCUUCUUCGCUGCCAUCUUGUUCACCAUCUCGGUGGCUCUGCAUCUGUUCAGCAUCGAGGAGCAGCGGUAUAGCCCCCAGCAGGACCGGCUGGACGAGGAGGCUGACGCCGCCUCCUCCACUGUCAACAAGGUCAACGACACCCUGGGGAAGCUCCACGGCCACAACACCCCCCACAUGGAGCUCAUUGGAGAGGACGACAUCUAUGACCCUUGUGACCGUUACGAGUUCUACGGAGAGGGGGGCGAGGACGGGCGCUCAUUGCGCGACAUUAACAUGGACUUCCUGGAUGUGGAGAUGGUGAGGUCCAAGUCUGACUCUGUGCUGCAAAUGGCCGAUGCAACAUUAGAUCACCUGGACCACGAGGCUCUGUUCCUGCGCCAUAUCGAGCCCUCCAUCUUCGCCGACCACCUGUCAUCCUACCACGGCUCUCCACCACGCCGCAGCAGCAGCACAGGCAGCCAGGACCUCCUCAAAACCUCCAAAAAGAUCUGCCGGCUGUCCCAGUUUCUGCAGGAGCAGGACCGCGACAAGGAGGAGGAGCUGCUCAACAACCAGGUCAACGAGCAGAAGACGCCCAACGGCCGGGCGCAUGCCAACGGCUUGGGCCAGGGCACCAACGGGCACGCCCGCUCAGUCAUGAAGAACUCGGCCAGCACCAACGCCUCCACGCGGCACCGCCGCCACAUCUUCUACCGCCAGCCGUCCUGCACCUUCUCCUACUACGGCCGCGUGGGCUCCCACCGUUACCGCUACCGGCGAGCCAACGCCGCGCUGCUCAUCAAGUCCUCGCGCAGCUUGAACGACAUCUACGAGGUGCAGCGGAGACAGAAGAGGAGACAGCAGAACCCCAGAGCGCGACACCAGUCAGGCAACACCAACUCCAGUGGGGACACAGAGAGUGAGGAGGGGGAGACGGAGACCACGGUCAGGCUGCUGUGGCUGUCCAUGCUGAAGAUGCCUCCAGAGCUGAUGAGGCUGUGUGUCUGUCAUCUCCUCACCUGGUUUUCCAUCAUAGCUGAGGCCGUCUUCUACACUGACUUCAUGGGCCAGGUCAUCUACCACGGAGACCCCACGGCUCCUGCUAACUCCACGGAACUGCAGAACUACCACAAAGGAGUUCAGAUGGGCUGCUGGGUGGUCAUCUACGCCCUGACAGCUGCCUCCUGCUCAGCCGUACUACAGAAGUACCUGGACAACUUUGACCUGAGCAUCAAGGUCAUCUACGUCUUGGGUACUCUGGGCUUCUCCAUCGGUACAGCUGUCAUGGCCAUCUUCCCCAAUGUCUACGUCUCCAUGGUGAUGAUCAGCAGCAUGGGCAUCAUCUCCAUGAGCAUCUCCUACUGCCCUUAUGCCCUCCUGGGACAAUACCAUGAGAUGAAAGAGUACAUCCACCACAGCCCGGGGAAUUCCAAGCGGGGUUUCGGCAUCGACUGUGCCAUCCUGUCGUGCCAGGUGUACAUCUCCCAGAUCCUGGUGGCGUCGGCGCUGGGUGCAGCAGUGGACGCCACGGGUAGUGUGCAGGUCAUCCCCAUGGUGGCGUCCGGCGGCUCCUUCCUGGGUUUCCUCACCGCCUGGUUCCUGGUCAUCUACCCAAGUCACGGCGACGCGGAGGCCAAGGGCGAGCAGAAGGCUCUAACAGGGCCCGUGUCCGAUAACAGCGUCACGGAGAAACCCAGUGUUCUAAAACUGUCAAAGAAAGGUGCCACCACUACGUGUAAAGUGCAGUGCGAGUCCACUCUGUAAUUUGAUGUGAUCGCCAAUUAACUGGAAAGGUCGGAGCUUACUGUAACCAUAGCAAUGCAACGAUCAUCAAAAAAUAAAAACCGACAUUCCUUUUUUUUACAACCGGGCCGUUGCCACCCAAUAAUCUGCUGAUGGCAUGGGCUUGACCGACCUCUUUCUCAAAGACACACAUGGGCCAUGAUGUGUUAAGGUUUUGAUUUGUAUUUCAUUUAAUUUGGGGCCUGUCUCUCGCUCGUCACGGUCUAAGGACUGUGGUGUGGCGAGGAGAGGACAGGCGUCUCUCCCUCUCAGGGCCACCAGGGGCCGCGAUCGAGGCGGUCCAACUGGACAGGACAGAUCAGGGGACGGUGGAUACACAUGAGACCGACGUUCACGCGCUGAGCUGGGAUCUCUGGAAAAAGACAUGCACUUCACUCUCACUUCCAUUCAAGGGUCAAGAUGAAGGAAAAGACGAAGAGUCUCUAAGAAAUAUUAUAUUCUUCUAAUAAGUGAAGCAUUUGAAAAUGCAGAAAAUUGCUCUUUUGAUUGAACGUGAUUAUUUAGUUUACUUUCCUCUAUAUGUUUUUGACAUUAUGUUGCAGAAGGACAUUGUUAUCACCAAAUGGGCCAGGCCCGGUAUCAUUUACAGGGUUGAUGUAUUACUUUUUGGACUUAAAAGGUUUUUAGUAGCUUUAAGAGGAAACUGCACAUGUAUAAGGAGGUGAUUUCUCAGUUAGGAGAGGAGGGGGAGGAAGGCAUUGUUUGGUAAAUCAAUCAGUUGUCCUAAUUAUUGAAUUUCUAACUGUUAUGACAUACUAAAUUGUAAUAGGACCAGUUACACCAUGUGUCAAACUCAUUCCACACAGAGCCGAGUGUCUGCUGGUUUUCGCUCCUUCCUCGUACUUGAUUGAUACAUUUAGGUCACUAAUUAGUAAAGAACUCCCCCUCACCUGGUUGUCUAGGUCUAAAUUGAAAGGGAGAACUAAAAACGCCAGACACUCGACCCUCCGUGGAAUGAGUUUUACACACCUGAGUUACACUAUAUCAACUGUACACAAGCAUUUACCAAACUCGCUCCUGGGGACCACAAGGGGUGCCCGUUUUGGUUUUUGACCUAGCACUACACAGCUGAUUCAAAUAAUGAAUUCAUCAUCAGGCUUUGAUUAUUUGAAUCAGCUGUGUAGUGCUAGGGCAAAAACCAAAACGGGCACUCCUUGUGGUCCCGAGGAGCGAGUUUGGGGAAAUACUGAUCCACACAAAUAUAUCUUUAUCCUCUUUAGUAAUUUAUAGUAAGGAUCCUAUUUUCCACCUUUCAGAAUAUAUCCUUCUGAGAUCACAAGGGCCUCACCGUUGACGGAGAACAGAAACACUUUUAGGAAAUGAGAAAGAAUCUCAAUGCUGCAUUGGAGUUACGGAGAAUUGCAUACCAAACGGAGGACAGAAGUUGAGGAGCACUGUAAGGAGCUUGGAAGCUCUUCUGUCUCACAGAGGAGAAACAGAUUUCAGGCUUCAAUUCGUUCUCUUUGUCUUGUUUCAAUUGCAUUGUUAAUGGAUUGUGUCACUCGCUGCACAAUUUCAGCUGCUGACGUUUGUUUGAGGAUGUAACUAAUACUAGCUAGAUGUUUGUCAAAUGUGGGAGUGCCUGCUCAUGGAGGGGGGGAAGUCUGAGUUUUGGGGGAGGAGCACUUAGGCAGAACUUAAACUGCAGGAAUUCAAGUUGAUUAUUUUCCUACCAUAUAGGUCUUCCUUUUAUUUUUCUAACUGAAGUAAUGGGUCUUGAUAGAAGAGUUCAUAUCCAGGGGCCUCCCGAGUGGCGCAGUGGUCUAAGGUACUGCAUCGCAGUGCUAGCUGUGCCACUAGAGAUUUUGGGUUAGAAUCCAGGCUCUGUCGCAGCCGGCCGCGACCGGGAGACCCAUGGAGC